AUGGGAAACUACACCGCCGAGCAGCAGGCGCCCGACGCAGACCUCGGCCGCUCGAUCCGCCCCGGAUGGCGGAACGUCUCGGACGAUCCGGAGCGCUCCUUUGGCUUGCCCAUGGUGCGCACCGACAAGCCGAUGCCGCAUGUACGCGGCGUAGCAGACUACCAAAAUUAUGGCGAUGAGCCGGGAGCGCGGGCAGUGCUCAACCCGCCCUCCUACUCGGAGCUUGGCGUCGAACCAGCCGACUUCGCGACGCCGCUGCCCCUCCCAGCCCUCGUCAACAUCUUUGCCCGAGCCGGCCUCGCGGAGGCGCUGACGCAGCUAGCGGCCGCUGUCGAGCAGGCCUUCCACGAGGCGGGCGGCGGCGAGCUGGGUCUGUCGGUCAUUGAGUUGCGAAGGGCCCUUGGCGUGUGA